CAUUUUUUUUAUUUGUUUAAACCGAUCUCACACCGAAAUCUAACGGUGUGAGGUGUUUUGUUUUGGAAAUCCCAAACAGGAAGUGGUCCGUCCAACCGGAAGUCCGUCACUCCCGAGCCCAGUCCUGAAGACCAAACUUUAACCCGAACUGAAGGCGGUUUGAAUUUAAACAAUUUUCAAAAUAUUAAAACCUUCUUACUUCUUUUUGGACCCAAAAUGGCGGACGAGGUCACGCGCAGGGCCGUGUCGCAGAUCCCGCUGCAGAAGACACACGCGGGGCCGCGGGACCGCGCGCUGUGGCCCCAGCGGCUGAAGGAGGAGUACCAGGCGCUGAUCCACUUCGUGGAGCAGAACAAGGCGGCAGACAACGACUGGUUCCGCCUCGAGUCCAACGCGGACGGCACGCGCUGGACCGGCACGUGCUGGUUCAUCCACGAACUGCUGCGCUACGAGUUCCGGCUGGAGUUCGACAUCCCGGUGACGUACCCGGACACCGCGCCCGAGGUGGCGAUCCCGGAGCUGGACGGGAAGACCGCCAAGAUGUACCGCGGCGGCCGCAUCUGCCUCACGGACCACUUCGCGCCGCUCUGGGCCCGCAACGCGCCGCGCUUCGGGCUCGCGCACCUGAUGGCGCUGGGGCUCGGGCCCUGGCUCGCGGUGGAGGUCCCGGACCUGAUCAGCAAGGGCCACGUGGUCCACAAGGAGCGGCAGGGCGAAGCGACAGAGUGACGUCACCGGACGAACACGGAAGCGGAGCUCGAUUUCGGAGUAAAAAAAACGAUGAAAACAUGAGCAGUCUGGCGGUGACGUCACCAGAACUUGAGACGUGACCGGAGGGAAAUAAACAUAAUUAAUGUC